AAACUAAAAAAAAAGGCAUGGCUUGUUCGAGUGACGACGAGCAGGAGACGCAGCAGCAGCACUGCUGCUUAUCCCAUGAAUUUUACACAGCCGCGAGCAAAAACCCAGAAAAAAUAGCCAUCAUCCACGCCUCACCAUCUAAGCCGUCAGCUACUGGGGUCCAUUUUGACAGAGAGUUGAUCAACGGUGGGAUUCCUCCCGUGUAUAAAGGCGACCGGUGUUUCACUUUCGCUGAUCUUUUAGCUUCCGUUGAAUAUCUCAGUUUUCGCCUACGUUCCGUUCUCGGUGAUGCUGAUGACCCUUACUUGAUUAAACCCCAAACCUCAGGAGAUAAGUCCAAUGGAAAGCAUCCUGGGUCUGUUCAAAUGUCGGAGGCUUCAUUGAAUUUCAUUCGAGGAGUUUGUCAACAUACUGACCUUGAGGAUAUGUAUAUACCGAAGACAGUUGCACUUUUUAUGCCACCUUCAGUGGAAUACAUAGUUUCUGUUCUUUCUGUUCUGAAGUGCGGGGAGGCUUUCUUGCCUCUCGAUCCUUCAUGGCCGAGAGAUAGAAUACUGUCGACCUUGACUUCUUCAAAUGCUUCUCUUGUUAUCAUGUGUGGAUCUUCGUUUGGAGAAAGCGGUAGUGAGCUGCUUGAUCAAUCACAUUGGAUCUCCGAAUGCAGUAGCUGUCCUAUCUUGCGCUUUUCUAUGGAGGCAAGGAUCAAACCGCAUAAAAGUCAACCGAGUCUUGCAUGGCCUUGUGAAAAUGAAAGAAAAAGAUUGUUCUGUUAUCUAAUGUACACAUCAGGAUCUGCUGAAAAGCCUAAAGGUGUAUGUGGCACAGAAGAAGGUCUUUUAAAUCGCUUUCUGUGGAUGCAACAACUGUAUCCCACUCAAGGAGAGGAACUUUUAUUAUUCAAGACAUCAAUAAGCUUUGUUGAUCAUCUGCAAGAAUUUCUUAUUGCUUCUCUUACUACUUGUACACUGGUCAUACCUCCUUUUGCUGAGUUAAAACAAAAUGUUUCUAUCAUCGAUUUUCUCCAGGCUUACAGCAUUAAUAGACUCACAGCUGUUCCAUCACUUAUGAGGAUGAUCCUUCCUGUGAUGCAAAGUCAACAUGAUAUUCAUAUUUCAAGUUCUCUGAAGUUGUUAAUUCUAAGUGGUGAAAUUCUACCCUUAUCCUUGUGGAACAUGCUUUCCAGUUUAUUACCCAAGACCACUAUUCUGAAUUUGUAUGGAAGCACAGAGGUAUCUGGAGAUUGUUUGUAUUUUGACUGCAAGAGGUUGCCGUCAAUUUUGGAGAUGGAGAAACUAACAAGUGUUCCAAUUGGUUUGCCUAUUUCCAAAUGCAGUACUGUACUUAUUGGUGAAACCAAUAAUCCUAAUGUUGGAGAAAUAUUCGUUAGAGGUCUUUGUGUUUCUACUGGUUACUUUUUUGAAAAUGCGAUUAUACCUCUUAAAAAUGCAAAGUUGCACCGGAAGUCAAUCUGUAAGUGUUCUAUGGAAGAUUGUGGAAGUCAGAUAUAUUUUAGGACUGGUGAUUUUGCUCACCUGUUACCGAGUGGGGACUUGGUUUUCUUGGGGAGAAAGGACCGUACCAUAAAUGUUAAUGGCCAACGCAUUGCUUUGGAAGAGGUGGAAGAUACAUUAAGGGGCCAUAGUGAUGUUGUUGAUGCUGCUGUUAUUUUUCAAAAGAAUCAAGGAGAAGAUGAAUUCAUUAUAGCAUUCAUAUUGUUAAAAGAGAAGGUGAAGUCUGCUGAAAUUGUUAACAUCAGAAACUGGAUGAUCAGUAAAAUUCCUUCAGUGAUGGUUCCUAGUCGGUUUGUUUUUGUGGAAUCACUGCCAAUAUCUGCCAGUGGAAAAGUAGACUAUGCACAAUUGUCAGACUCAAUAUUCUCUGUCAGUCAUGUUCAAGAUGAGAUUAGUGACACUGGGGCUAGCAAUCUCAUGCAAGUUAUAAAAAAGGCUUUUUGUAAUGCAUUAAUGGUGGAAGAUGUUUCAGAUGAUGAUGAUUUCUUUAUGAUAGGUGGUAACUCCAUCGCUGCAGCAUAUGUUUCUCAUAAUCUCGGGAUUAAUAUGAGAUUGAUGUAUACCUUUUCAACUCCUGCGAAGCUACUAGCUUCCUUCCUGGAGAAAAAGGUAUCAAAUAAUACAAAAUUUGGAACCAAUGAUAACCCAGAAUCAAUAAUGGAACCGAACAAGGUGAAUGAAUUUUCUGUUAUUGAAUCUGAAACUCUUAAUACCCUAGGCUUAAAACUACAAAGACCAUUUUCACGGACGUCUUAUGAAAGGAAUGAUGAUCAAGCUGAUUGGUCUAAACGAUUAAAGGUGGAUUUAGAUAAAUAUUAUGCCCUGCAGCCCGUUGACUGGUUCUGUGGAUAUCCAUGGAACUCUUCACCGAUGCCCAAGUCAUGUUCAUUUAGCCGCUGCAACAAGGUUAUGCGUGAAGGCAGACAUGUAGUCAAUGGUAACUGGCAAGCUCAGUCGGUGGAAGUUUCAGGAAGUAGAACAGGAUAUUUGCAAGAACUGUGGAAAGUUCACAUGGAGUCCUGUGUUGAUGCCUCACCACUUGUUGUUUUCAAAGAUUCUGAUAUUUAUUUAUUUGUUGGAUCUCACUCACAUAAGUUCCUCUGCAUUAAUGCCAAAAGUGGUUUUAUCCAGUGGGAAACCAGACUACAAGGACGAGUUGAAGGUUCUGCGGCAAUUGUAGGGGACUUCUCCCAGGUGGUUGUGGGAUGCUAUGAUGGAAACAUAUAUUUUCUUGAGUUUUUAAAUGGCAACAUUUGUUGGACUUUCCGUACAUCUGGUGAGGUCAAAUGCCAGCCAAUUGUGGACACGCAUAUGGGAUUGAUCUGGUGUGGAUCACAUGACCAUUACUUAUAUGCACUUGAUCAUGUAAAUAAGUGCUGUUUAUAUAUGCUUCCUUGUGGUGGUAGUAUAUUUGGAUCACCUGCAGUUGAUGAGGCACAUAGAGCACUUUAUGUGGCAUCUACUAGCGGCCGUGUGACAGCUAUUUCAAUUAAGGAAUUGCCGUUUUUUACAUUGUGGUUACAUGAACUUGAGGUGCCAGUAUUUGGGUCACUUUCCAUCAGUUCACCAAAUGGAUAUGGUACUUUUUUCUGUAUCUUUCCAUCAUCACUAAAAAGCUUGCAGUUUUCCCUCUUAAGAAAAUACUCCUUGGUCUGGAGGAGAACUGGUGGUCCAAUAUUUGCUGGAGCUGGCUUAUCUUCUGCGCUUCCUUCUCAGGUGCUAAUCUGUUCCCGGAAUGGAAGUGUGUAUUCCUUUGAAACGGAAAAAGGUGAACUGCUCUGGGAAGUAAAUGUUGGUGAUCCAAUCACUGCAUCUGCCUAUGUUGAUGAGAACUUACAGGUGGUUUCAAAUGACCCCUCCGUUUCAGCUGAAAGAUUGGUUUGUGUUUGUACUAGCACUGGAGGCAUAUUUUUGUUUCGAAUCAACUCGAACAAAGGGACCAGAAAUCAUCAAAGAAAACAUGUAGUGCAGGAAUUCACAAGGCUUAAGCUGGAGGGGGAUGUGUUUUCGUCACCUGUUAUGAUUGGAGGCAGGAUUUUUGUUGGUUGCAGGGAUGAUUAUUUGCAUUGCAUUGCAUUGCUGUUGAAUCCCAAGUCUUAGCUGGACUAUCGUCGAUGUUUGUGUUUGAUAUUCAGCUCUGAAAAAUAGGUCUAUGUCGGCCAACAGCUAUCCGAACAUGUCUUAGCUGCAGGCCACCAGACAUGUUGGUGCAGAUGGAAUUACAAUGUCAACCAUAAAUCUUGAAAAUCCAUUUUGUAGGGAACCAAAUGUAAACUUGUUGAUAAUAUUGUGAAAGGAGCAUGAGAAAU